AAUAACACGCAACUUGACAAGCAGUUGAAAGCCGCAGCAUCGCUUCGUUCGCUGCAGAAUCUCCGAAGCAGAACAAAAUCGACUUGUCAAAUUUAGCACAUUUUUGUUCCGUUUUUAUUCCAUUUCGCGCUUUGUGACGACAUUUUGAGUUCUAGCAGGAGCUGGAAGCCGUACAGGUGCGCUGACACAGCAGGACGCCGCAAUGGUGCGUUUAAGUGUCUCUUUUAACCACCGGCGAUGACGUCAGAGAGUCCGUUUUCUGCCCCGGUAAAUAUCCCGGUGGGCUGAGGCGAUGCUGCACGGCGGGUGCACGGUUGCAGGUGCAUGGCCCAGGUGACGUCACAGCCGACGUGACAGACCGCCAGCAUGCUUCCCGGUGUCGGCGUGUUCGGAAGCAGUCUGACCGCCAGAGUCGUCAUUCCGCUGCUGAAGCACGAAGGAUUUUCCGUGAAAGCUCUGUGGGCUCACACGCAAGAGGAGGCGGAGGAGCUCGCCAAGGACAUGGACGUCCCGUUUUUUACCAACCGGAUCGAUGACGUUCUGCUGCAUCAGGACGUCGACCUGGUUUGCAUCAACCUUCCGCCGCCUCUGACGCGCCAGAUCGCCGUUAAAACGUUGGGUAUUGGAAAGAACGUCAUCUGUGAUCGCACAGCAACUCCCCUUGAUGCUUUUCGUAUGAUGUCUGCUGCUCAGUACUACCCUAAACUGCUAAGCAUUAUGGGUAAUGUCUUACGCUUCCUGCCAGCCUUCGUUCGCAUGAAGGAGCUGUUCGAGGAAGGAUACAUAGGAGAACUUCUUGUUUGUGAGGCACAGGUGCACAGUGGAAGUCUGCUAGGUAAGAAGUACAACUGGAGCUGUGAUGACCUGAUGGGUGGCGGCGGCCUGCACUCAGUAGGAAGUUACAUCAUCGACCUGCUCACCUUCUUGACGGGUCAACGGGCGUCCAAAGUUCACGGCUUCUUGAAAACUUUUGUCAAGCAGACAGAAAACAUCAAAGGCAUCCGUCAGAUCACCAGCGAUGACUUCUGCACGUUCCAGAUGGUUCUAGAAGGAGGCGCCUGCUGCACCGUCACACUAAACUUCAACGUUCCUGGAGAGUUCCGUCAAGAAGUGAUGGUGGUGGGGACAGUUGGCAGGUUGACGGUCAGAGGGGUGGACCUGUUUGGGCAGAAGAACAACGGCGGUCAUGAACUCCUCCUCAGAGACACAACACCUCUCGAAAAAGCUUCGUUACCGGAAAAAGCCUUCAGUGACAUCCCUGCUCCGUACCUGACCGGAAUGAUCAGAAUGAUCCAGGCGGUGAGGCUGGCCUUUCAGGACCAGGAGGACAGGAGGACAUGGGACAGCAGGCCUUUGACGAUGGCCGCCACCUUUGAGGAUUGUCUUCAUGCUCUUUGUGUUGUAGACACCAUCAAGAAGUCCAACCAGUGUGGAGAAUGGCAGAGCAUCAACAUCAUGACGGAAGAACCUGAGGUCAGCCCGGCGUAUCUGAUCAGUGAGGCCAUGCGGCGAAGUCGAAUGUCGCUCUACUGUUAGAAUCUUACUGCAGCAAAGGAUGAUGGGAGAAUUUUACAGCAGCAAAGGAUGAUGGGAAAUUCUUACUUCAGCAAAGGAUGAUGGAAGAAUCUUACAGCGGCAAAGUAUGAUGGGAGAAUCUUACUGUAGCAAAGGAUGAUGGGAGAAUCUUACUGCAGCAAAGGAUGAUGGGAGAAAUAUGUUCUUCAUGACAUCAACAUGUUUGCUGCUGGCAAACUACUGACUGGGUCUUCUUGCAGAAAUCAUAACAAGCAAUCCCAACUUUAUUUAUAAAGAUGCCUUUUUCCCGUCUAAAAGCUUUCAUACGAUGAAGUAAAAAUUAUUAUUACUUAGUGAACAUGAAAGGACAUAAUUGUUUAUGUUACAUGUUUACACCAGGGGUGUCCAAAGUGGGGCCCAAGAUUGUUUUUAUUCCUCUUUGGCAUGUUCUAAAAGUACAAUUGAACAAAAAACACGUUUUAAAAAUGCAGUCAUUUUAUGUGCAGGAAAUCAUCAAAGUUGUAAUCUUAUGAGAUAUUGUUUUGUAAUUUUGCGAUCAUAAGGUCGCAACGAAUCAUUUUCAAAGCAUUAGGUUAAAAUAAUUGGUUAUUUUUAAACAAAAAGAAUAAAGUAAAGUAAUAAUAAAGUAGAAAAUUAAGUCAAAAUAUUAUGAAAAUAAAAUCGUAAUUUUACGAGAACAUUAUGAAAAAGUUGUAAAAGAAAAGAAAACAAUAACAGCAAAAGUGUAAUAUGAAUAAGGUUGUUUUUUCAGCUAUAACACAAAUCUGAGACACAGGAUGUUGAUGUUUUUAAAAGUACAGUCAAACACGUCGAUAGCAGCCACAAAAAUGUACCCUGCCAGGGAAUUUAUUGUUAUAAAUCUUGUUUAAUGUGGCCACUUUUUUUAUGUCCCAAAAUAUGUUUUUUUACUCCUCAUAGCGACCACAAAUAUCAAAAUCUUUGCAAUAAUAUGAUGCAUGAUGUUAAUAGAUAGAGUCUCCGUUAAAAUAAAUGCAAUACAUCCAUCAAUCCAUCCAUCUUCUUCCGCUUAUCCGAGAUCGGGUCGCGGGGGCAGCAGCCUAAGCAGGGAAGCCCAGACUUCCCUCUCCCCAGCCACUUCGUCCAGCUCUUCCCGGGGUAUUCCGAGGCGUUCCCAGGCCAGCCGGAAGACAUAGUCUUCCCAACGUGUCCUGGGUCUUCCCCGUCCCGUGGCCUCCUACCGGUCGGACGAGCCCUAAACAUAGAGAGGCGUUCGGGUGGCAUCCUGACCAGAUGCCCGAACCACCUCAUCUGGCUCCUCUCGAUGUGGAGGAGCAGCGGCUUUACUUUGAGCUCCCCCCGAAUGACAGAGCUUCUCAUCCUAUCUCUAAGGGAGAGCCCCGCCACCCGGCGGAGGAAACUCAUUUCGGCCGCUUGUACCCGUGAACUUGUCCUUUCGGUCAUAACCCAAAGCUCAUGACCAUAGGUGAGGAUGGGAACGUAGAUCGACCGGUAAAUUGAGAGCUUUGCCUUCCGGCUCAGCUCCUUCUUCACCACAGCGGAUCGAUACAGCGUCCGCAUUACUGAAGACGCCGCACCGAUCCGCCUGUCGAUCUCACGAUACACUCUUCCCUCACUCGUGAACAAGACUCCGAGGUACUUGAACUCCUCCACUUACAAUACAAUACAAAUCAAAUGUCCUUUUUUCC